UUAAAGACAAACAGGCUAUAGUGACAGCGCCCCCAGCUGGCAGAUGAAACAGGAUGACUGCACUGCCGUUCCCCUGCCCUGUACAUCUGGGUCUUGUUACCAUGGGAGGCUUACAUGCUCAAUUGCACAAAUACACUAUAGAGAGAAAUCUGAGCAAGCUGGAGAAACUGCUGAAGAAGGAUGUUGAUGUGAACUGUGUGAAUCACUUGGGUCAGACUGCGCUGUUCUGCGCUGCUCUGUCGGGCCAAGUGAAGGUGACAGAGCUUUUGCUGCAUUAUGGAGCCGACCCCAACCAUCGCUGUGAAGACUGGAGCACACCAGUUCAUGCAGGUGUGGUCUCCUGUAACCCUUCAGUGGUGAGCAGCUUGCUGGAUGCUGGAGGAGACCUAAGAGUCCAUGAUAGGGAAGGCAGGACACCGUUUGACUGGCUCAGGGCUGCAAAUCAGGAAGAUAGUGCCAGGAUGCAGAACUUCCUGGAGAGCUGCAUGUCCUCUAUGCAGCAGCUGUGUCAGAGCUCAGCCACGAGGAAGCUCUAUUGUAGCCAGGCCCACAUCUCAACCUCCAUCUUGUUACAGCCUUUAUCUCUGCUGGAUCGCAUAAAAUCACGUGGAAUUGGCAUACAGUCAAAUAAAAGGACGAACAGCAAGUCUUCCUGUACAACAGCCCACUGUUUAGGCUUUGGAAAGGUGUGUGUGAGCAAGCCAUGCCGGGCGUUGAAUGUGCCAGCAUCCAUUCCUCUGAUCAGAGAGAGUGAGCUGACCUGGAGUGAUGAUGACCCUCUGCUAUCCUUCACCUGUGGCUCUUUGACCUCCAUAACCAAUUAUAGGUGGAGGGGCUCCAGGGUCGCAGUAAAAACAAUGAGGGAGUGUCAGACAGCCUAUUUGGACCUGCUCCUCAUAGAACAAGACUACUGCAGCAAGCUGUCCCAUCCACAGCUGCUGCAGCUAAUGGCUGUGAGUCUGUCCGAUGACCUCCGGAGGACCAGCCUGGUGUUUGAGCCGGUCAAUGUCGGCACGCUGCACAAUUUGCUGUACAACAGGCGUGCAGAGUUCCCAGUGCUGCAGGAGAGGUGGCUGCUGCCACUGAUGUUGCAGGUUUGUGAAGGUCUGCAGUACAUCCACAGAGGAGGUCUGGUGAUGAGGUCCCUGUCUUCACACAGUGUGGUUCUCACAAAGCGUUCAGUAGCCAAAAUAACCGGUUUUGGCUUCAUGGUCCCCAGGAGUCAAAGUGUCAAACCCCCGGUGCACAUAGUCCUCUCCCCAAGCCUUUACAGAUGGGCUGCUCCAGAGGUCAUUAAACAGCGAACCUGCACAAAGGAGGCGGACAUCUACAGUCUGUGUGCUCUGAUCCAGGAACUCUACACAGACAAUGAACCAUGGGGCACAAUGGACCUGGACGGGAUCAAACAGGCGAUGGAUGCAGGCCAGGUGCUGGCAGUAGAUGGCAGAAUUCCACAACCUUACUAUGAUGUGGUUGUGAAAGGCCUGCAGCAGCAGCCACAGGACCGCACAUACAGCCUGCAGAGCCUGUGUUACACACUACAACAGGACAUCAAGAGGUUCUCUCUGGAGAAACAGCUGAGUGGUGACCUUUGUGCUUACCCAGAACAAGAUCUGGAGCCUGGGGUCCAGUCUACAACACAGCAUACGACUGUGGGGGAACCAAUACAGAAUGUUGGUAGAACUGUCAUGUCAGUCCUAAUCAAGACAGACACAGUAGAGGAAAGACAGGUCCACCUGGACAAACAGCUGGACAAACAGCUGUACAAAGGAACAAAGGCAAAGCAGAGGAGACAAAGAUAUAAAUGUGUGGAGGGAGAAUCCAUGUUCCAUCACAUGCACCCUUACUCAGACAUGCUUCCUCUGCUUGGUGAGUUUGACUCAGAGAGUGUUGAGGAAGAACCUGAUCCUGAGGCAGACUUAGACUUAGACUUAGACUUAGAGCAGCUGGAUGGUCUGAAGCUGUCCAAAGUGACAAUGGAUGAGCAGAUCAGCACCAUUGCAGUCAACCUCAAAGUGUCCCAGGAGUUGUUGCAGCAGGCCAGAAGGAGCCUGGACACAGUGGAGGAUGAACUGGACUCAGUGACCGGGCUCAGAGAUGCUUCUCCCUCUAUCCACACACUCUCUCAUGCCUCCUCCAUCUCUUCUUUCUCCAUGUCCUCCACAAAUCUUUCUGGAGCAAGUACUGCUGUUGGACCACAUUCAAAGUGGUACAGUCUCUUACCGCACAGGGGGGAUCAUAGGGCAAAGAACCUGGAGGCACAGCUCCAGAGUGGAGAUUGGGAACUGCUGAGCCAAGAAGAGCUGUCUUUAUGGCGGAGUCAUUAUGCAGCUGAGCAGGGCUGGCUGCUGCCUGUGCUUUCUUCAGGUUGCUACAUGACAGAGAGCCGUUCAUUGGGAGCUGAUCACAGCACAGCGGAGCUGAGCCAGUACAGAUCAGCUCUGGACGACAGCCUUCUCAACAUCCUCUCUAGGAAGAAGCAGCAGACAUCCAGUUCACAAGAAGAGGCAGACAUUACAGUAGAGGUGUGCAGGCCAGCAGCUAGUGGGAGUCUGGAUAGUCAUAACACCAACUAUGAGAGUUUUCCAAACAACUGUGAAAAAAUAAACACUGGUCCUAGUGUCCGUAGAACACAGGCACAGUAUACAUCCAACACUAUCAUGCCCCAGUCAAACAUGCCUCUGCUGGCUGAACUCUCCAGCAUCACAUACUCUCCAGCUCAUCUUCAGGAGAACCUCAACAGACGAGCCCCACCCUAUAAUAGUACCCCACGUGGCCCAGAUGUACACCAGGGUAUGAAGACGGGUGUUAUUGAUGCCAAUAUUCCAGUCUCCCCUGCCUGCAGCCAACUCAGUUCUGUGUAUGUCGGGAUUGAGAGUUUCACCACGCCAAGAGGAAGCUCAGUCAAGGGGUCCAACUUUUUUCAGCCUCCACCUUUCAAGGUAGACUCUGCCAGCAGUCCCCAGGCCUUCAUCACAGCCGGCCAGGACGAACCGCUGUCCACGGAUUCUGUGUCCCCCAGCUCCAGUGUCCAUGGAUGCUGCAGCAGUGUGGAAGGAGAGGACAAAGUAGACCAAGAAGAGGAAGGAGAGGGGGCAGGAGGGUAG